CUCGCCUGGGCGCUCCUUGUCCUCCUCGCUGCUCUGCUCCACGCCGCCUCCCCGGCGGCACCAGAGAAGGAAGUGCCAAACAGACCUUUGAGAGCACGCUUCCGACCCUCAUCACCUGACAGGUCACUAGUUCGAUGGCGGUCAUCCCAUCCAUCCGGCUCAAGGAGUCCACGUAGAUAUCCAGGUUUCCUCUUGGGAUAUGGGGAAAGCAGCAGGAAGAUGAGUUACAAACCGCUGCCAAAAGAAGAAAGAAGCCAUGAGAUUAAAAAAUCAGCAUCUGAAUCGGUGCAUGUGGUUUCACUGCAGUCAAGGCAUUCCCAGGGACAGAGUCAACCUGUGCAUCGGGCCGCAUUAACCAAGAGGAAAGUCAUAGAGGAGGAUGAACUGGAGGAGACAAAAGACAUCACUGUUCGCGUUAUGUCCUCUCAGUCAGUGCUUGUUACUUGGACAGAUCCCAUCUCUGAGAAACAGAAGACUGUCCCUCCUAGGCAGUACACUGUCCGUUAUAGGGAGAAAGGGGAAUCGGCAAGGUGGGAUUACAGACAAGUAUCCAACAGACGAGUAUUGGUGGAUAAACUGAUUCCAGACACCAUGUAUGAAUUCGCAGUUCGAAUCUCACAGGGAGAAAAGGAAGGCAAAUGGAGUGCCUCAGUAUACCAAAGAACCCCAGAAGCUGCUCCUACCAAUGCACCAGAAAACCUGAAUGUCUGGCCGAUAAAAGGCAAAACCCCAACUGUUGCUGCCACUUGGGAUGCUCUUUCAGAGAGUGAAGGAAGAGUGAAAGAAUACAUUCUUUCAUACGCCCCCGCUCUCAAGCCCUUCGGAGCAAAGUCCAUUUCCUACUCGGGAGACACGACGUCCGCCAUGGUGGAUGGCCUGCAGCCUGGCGAGCGCUAUAUUUUCAAAAUUCGUGCAGCAAACAGGAGGGGCCAAGGGCCUCAGUCUAAAGCCUUCAGUGUUGUCCUGCCAGCAACCAAUACAGAUGAAUCAAAGGUUGAUCAACAAACAAGUAUUGAAGAGGAUUUGGAACCUAAAACAUCUGGAAAAACUGUGCCUUCUUCUGUGUCUCAAAGUCUUUCACCAUCCUCUUCCUCUAAGCAUACUUCUGUUCAUCCAUCCAGUUUCCCUAGUGGCAGAGAUUCAAACAAUCCUGUUUCUGAUAUCAAGAAUAAACUACUAACUGGUAGUAGAGCUCUCCCCAAACCCAACCUAUCUUCUAGAAAGGGAGCAGAACUGAAAGCAGAUUCUCAUUCCACAAUAGACACUGUUGGCCAUAGUUCCUCCAGAGAGACACCAACAGUACAGCCAAAAACUCAGGAUGUUAAGAGCAGUGCUAAAUCCCACUCCCCUAUGAAACCAUCACACACUGUCAGUUCUUCAGGUAAAACACCUCUUAGGACACGCACACCAGUAAGGACAGGGCAAACAACCACUGAAAAGCAUAGGCCAUUACUCUCUUCCUCCUCCUCCUCUUCCUCCUCCUCCUCUUCCUCCUCCCACUCUUCAUCAUCUUCCAUUGGUAAAAAUACAGAAAAUGAAACAAAGAAUCUAAGACAGGACAAGUCUGACCUUCCUUCUUCCUCUGAAGACAGUUUAGAUAUUCUGCCUGUUGAUAAUGAAAGUAAUGAUCAAGUUGAUAGUGUGGAGGAAAAGCCAAUAGUGUUCUCUAAAACGCCAGAAGACCGUCGUUCAAUGUUACAUUCAAAUCAGCAGCCUUCUGCAUCUCGGAAGGUAGUUCAGAGUUCUCCCAACAAAUUGCUCACCUCUUCUGUAUCAGUUAAGUCUCCUAUGUCAUCUGCAGCUACAAAUUCUCAUAGUCAUUCACACCAUCCCUCUUAUAAACUAGUUCCCUCUGAUACUAGUGAUACUCUUGAUACUCACAAGAGUAGAGAAACAGAAAGAAGAGAACAAAAGCCAAGGUCCAGGCCUUCUCCUCCUCAGGGUGGUUCAUCUCCAUCUGUGCAAACAAGGCCUCUCUUGCAUUCCAAUCGCCAAGCGUUACGAGAUCCAAGAAUAGCCACCUCCGCUGUUUCUGCUGCUGCUACCCAUACUUUACCUCAUUCGCAUGGUUCACCUUCUGCUAAACGUAAGCCUGAUGGAAGAGCUGAUGCUGAUGAUAAUGACAGUGAAAACAGUGAAAGAGAAGAUGAAGAGAACAGACGAGAGUCACCAUCCUCUAGAUCCAAUUCUAGGUCCUCUUCAGGUCAGACUGUAUCGGAACGCUUUGAUUUGUUCAAAUAUAGAUCAGCUCUUACUACAAACAGAUUUGCAAACAAAGCCGGUAAUGUUCAUGAUGUGAGGAUGCAACCUCGUUUAACACCAGAGGAUGAAGAUGAAAGUCCUCUACCAUCAACUCGUCCCCAUGGUUAUUCACCAUCCUUUUCCAACCAAUCAGUGGACUAUUCUCGAAGAAGGAGUCCUCUGGCUGAAUCUAAGACUCAUCACAGAGCUCUGCCCACUGACAAAUAUAAUCCCACAAAAAGCUAUAGUAGAGAAAGCGAAUCUACAGGUACAGAUUCCUCACUUAAACACUCUGAUGCACAGCCUUCAGUAUCUGGCCAAUCUCCUUCAUUAACUGGGCACAUAAACCAUCAUCCUAGUGUUUCUCAUCGGUUAACAAAUGGUCAGAGUUCAAGGUCAAGGGGCUCAUCCCCGUCUACUGACUCUGUAUCAAGGACAACUGUGGAAAAAUCAUCUCCUCUACAGUCUCCUGCUUCUAGAUAUCAGCCUGUUGAUAUUGAGAGCAAAGAUACAUCCAAGUCAAAACAAACUUUACCUUUGUCUAAAAAAACAUUAAUAGGAAGUUCUCAUGCAUUAUCUCGUAAAACUGUCCAUCCAGAGACCAGCCAUUCCUCAAAAUAUACUGGGUCAAAGACAAUUACUUCUAGUGAAGAUACAUCUGAUGCAUAUAAAUUGCCUGCAUCAUCCCAUCAAUCCAAAUAUGUUCAGCCAACAUCUAUCUCUCCAAAAGACAUAGUCAAAGAACAUCAAUAUAGCAGAGAAACUUCUUUAUCUUCAAAGUCAUCCUCAACUUCUCUGAGGCAAACUCAUCCUUCAGUGCCCCGUUAUCCAUCUGGGUCCAGGGUCCCUAUUAGGAAAGCUUCCCGGGCAGACAAAAAAUAUGGACUCGUCCAGCCAACUCCAACAAAAGUUGAACUUGCUCCAAAAACAUCUUCCUCUAAAACGCGUCAGUCACUUUCAAGCAGUAAUGAUGAUGAUGACUAUGAAGACUAUGAUCUGCUGGAAACAGAGGAAACUCCCACAUUGUCUUCGGCAGCAAGGCGGCCAUCUACCUCAAUUUCUGUAGGCAAUAAAAAACUAAAUAAUAAUGUUGCUAAGGAUAAGAGUCCUGUUUUGCCUCACAAAACAAAAUAUUUUGAUGAGGAAGAAUUCAAGCAAGAGGAGGAGGAACACCCCACUUCCAAAACCUCAAAUGCUGCACCAUUGAGUAGAUCUACAUCUUUAACAUCCAGGUCUUCCCAGUCUCCUAACAAACUUAAUUCCUUGCCUAAAGUCAACAGGGCUUUUUCACGCUCUUCUGGAUCUACUUCUGUAUCUUCUCAGGUUCAUCCCACUCAUUCUGCUCCUCCAACACAUUCUUCAGCCCCUCCCUCAGUGUCCCCAAAUCAACGAAAACAACAUUCAAGAUUAUUAAACCCUUCCCAACGACAGCAUCUUAGGCUUCCUCACAGACAAGGUAAUGGUGGCCGACCCAAUUUAACAACAAAACCAGAUCUAAAUAAUAAAAUAGCUCCCGGUAAUAAUGGAAAACGAAAUGGACAGAAAAUAAUAAAUGGUCCACAAGGAAUAAAGUGGAUUGUAGAUCUUGACCGAGGACUGGUGCUGAAUGUUGAAGGAAGGCACCUCCAAGAUUCACAAGGAAAGCCUCUCAGAGUAAAAUUAGGAGGAGAUGGCCGUACUGUUGUUGAUUCUAAAGGAGCUCCAAUUAUAAGUCCAGAUGGUUUGCCUUUGUUCGGACAUGGAAGAUUUAGCAAGCCCGUAGCAAAUGCACAAGAUAAACCAAUCAUAAGUCUUGGAGGAAAGCCAUUAAUAGGCCUUGAAAUGGUUAAAAAAUCAACCAUUCCUCCCACAACUACUACUACUACUACCACUACUACUACUGCCACUACUACUACUACUCCUGAACCAACAACUACUGAGCCACCAACUGAGAAGCCACUGCCUACCUGUCCCCCUGGCACCUAUGCAGAGUACAAUGAAGAGGGAAAUCUUGUAUUAGGCCUUGAUGGUCUGCCUGAAUGCAAUUCCGAAGGUACAUUCUCAGGGCUUGAUGCAGAUGUGGCAGGAACUACAGAAUCCUAUGUGAUAUAUGAUGAAGAUUAUGAAUUUUUUGACACCACUUUGUCUCCUACUACCACCACUACUACGAUAGCGACCACCACAGAAGCAUUGACUGAAACCACUUUUCCAGAGUUCAGUAUUGGGGGUUCAGAUCCUCUGUCAGAAUACGAUGCUGCUGGAAGGAAACGGUUUAUUGCUCCUUAUGUGACUUAUCUAAACAAAGACCCGGCAGCUCCAUGCUCGUUGACAGAGGCACUAGAACACUUCCAAGUCGAAAGCCUGGAUGAAAUCAUCCCUACCGACCUAAAAAACACAGCAAUGCGUCCUCAGAAGGCCCCUCACAACAUCACCAUAGUGGCUGUGGAAGGCUGCCAUUCCUUUGUGAUUAUUGACUGGGCUAAACCUGCACGUGGGGAUCUGGUCACAGGCUAUUUAGUUUACAGUGCAUCUUACGAUGAUUUCAUCAGGAACAAAUGGUCCACCAAGACUGCAGGAAGCACUAAUUUGCCCAUUGAAAACCUGAAGCCAAACACAAGAUAUUACUUUAAAGUCCAAGCGAAGAAUCCCCAUGGUUAUGGACCUUUAAGCUCAUCAAUCACCUACAUCACAGAAUCUGAUAAUCCUCUACUUAUUGUCAGACCACCCGGUGGUGAGCCAAUCUGGAUCCCAUUUUCUUUUAAAUAUGAUCCCACAUACUCUGAAUGCAGUGGCAAGCAGUAUGUGAAACGGACAUGGUACAGGAAAUUUGUUGGUGUGGUUCUUUGUAAUUCAUUGAGAUACAAGAUUUACCUCAGUGACGACCUAAGAGAUACAUUUUUCAGCAUCGGGGAUAGCUGGGGAAGAGGUGAAGAUCAUUGCCAGUUUGUGGAUUCUCACUUGGAUGGAAGAACAGGACCGCAGUCCUAUGUAGAAGCCCUGCCUCCUAUUCAAGGUUAUUAUCGCCAGUAUCGACAAGAGCCGGUAUCGUUUGGACGCAUUGGAUAUAUGACACCUUACUAUUAUGUGGGCUGGUAUGAGUGUGGUGUACCCAUUCCAGGGAAAUGGUAACUGUGCUGCGGUCUUCCUGCAGUUCUUCAGCACAGUACAUCCAGCAGUGCCUUUCGAUUGACUGUUAUUGGAGGACUCUGAGCAGUUGGCGUGGCGGAGAGAGGAAAACAAGAACACGGGAUGGAAGAAGAAACUAGCAAAGACUCACGAGACAUUGAUGAAACUCAAUACUGUAGAGAGUUUUGUCAUCCUAAGUCUCUGGUGCUGCUUGAUUGUUCUGCUUCAGAGCACAUACAGGAUUUCGUUUGGGCGUCCUGCCUUUUCUCCUUGCAUUUCAAAAGCAUGGAGAUGUAGCUGCAGUGGGUGCCAUCUGUGCUCAAUGAAACCUAAUAUAUUCGGCUAGCCACAGAAAAUUGGAAUUGUGAUAUAUCUUGCAAGGAACGACUUAAGCAUGCUGUGCUUGCAUUAUGGAAUGCUAACCACUUUUCACUGCUAUUAAUGGAAUUCUCUUGCCUUCCAAAGGCAAAGUCUUAUGCUUCAGAAUGUUGCUAUGCAGUCAUGUUGUGUUACUAAACACCCAUGAAAACCAAUCAAUGUUACUCAAGACUUCUCCUGUGGGUCUGCACAUUGCUGGAAGAAAUACCAGGUUCACUAUGUAAAUUCAACUUUUUAAAAAAAACAAAAAAGACCAACAACAACCAGUACUGUAUGCUUGCAGAAGUACUUCUUAGAACUUGAGGUUUUCUUGUUGAUUUUGAUAAAUACGUCUAUGGGAUGAUGUUUUAUGUAAAAGGUGCUAUUAAUUAACAAGUUUUCUAAAAAAAAAAUUCUGUGAAAAAUAUACUAUGCACAAUACAUUAACCAUGUAAAGAACCAGGCUUAUCUUCUUGUGAGUACUGUUGAACUGUAAUGAUGUUGAAGUUUGUAUAAAAUAGAAGAAUUCAGAA